UUCUUAACAAGUAGAUAGUAAGGAGAUCUUUUUAAGGAAAAAAUUUUUAUACUUUUUUUUGAAUUUCUAUAUGCGACAAAUCUAAAUGGUCUUAAUGUAUGAUCGGGAUAAUUGGAUUCAGAAAUAAGAAACGAAAUCAUUCUGGUGUCCUAAUAUAAGAAGAUUCUUUUAUUUUAUUAUUUUUUUUUUGUUUUUUUAUUUUUGUUAAAUUUUUUUUUUAGUUUUUUUAUUGUUAUUUUCAUUGAACGAAAAAUUUACAAAAAUAGACGCUAAAAAAAAAAAAAAAUGGGUCGAUCAUAUUCACCUUCUGUGUCAUCAAAAAGACAAAAAGAACGUAGCGAAAGAAAGAAACGUCGUGAAAGACGUUCACGUGAAAGAGAAUUAAUUGAACGUAAAUCAACAAGAAAAACAACACGUGGUGGUGGUGGUGGUACCAGCAGUAAUAUAGAUAUUGAACGUGAUGAACGUUCUAAGAGAAGCCGUAGUCGUAGUCGUGACGAUAGAUUAAGAAGACGUUCAAGUAGAUCAAGAUCACGUUCAAGAGAUCAACGUGACCAACCAUCAACAUCAUCAUCAUAUCAUCAUCAUCAUGGUAGUAGUAGCGGUGGUGGUAGUAGAUCGUCAAAAUCACAUCAUCGUACAGAUUUUUGUGAGGCUGAUUUUGCUGGUAAAACACCCGAAGAAAUUGAAUUAAUGAAAACUAUGGGUUUUUGUAAUUUUGAUACUACAAAAAAUAAAAAAGUUGAAGGUAAUGAUGUUGGUGAAGUUCAUGUUAUAUUAAAACGUAAAUAUCGUCAAUAUAUGAAUCGUAAAGGUGGUUUUAAUAGGCCAUUAGAUUUUGUCGCAUAAUUUUGUCGGAGUCAUACAAAAAUUACCAAAAAAGAAAUUAUUAUAUUUUUCUCGUAAAAUUUGAACUUAUUUUGGAACGAAAUUCAUUUAAUUAGAAAAUUUAUUUAUUAGAAAAUUUUAUUUUAAAUUUUAAUAGAAAAGAGAAGAAAUUAAUCUUUUUUAAAAAAAGAUCAAUCUUCUAUCUAAUUUUUAUCUAAUAAUUUUUUUACGUAUUGAGACAUGAAGAAAAACAAAA